AUGUCGAGGGUCAAAGAGGUUUGCCGGGAAAACCGCCUGCCCGUUGUUCUAACCUUCGUCGACUAUGAGAAAGCCUUCGACAGCGCAGAAGCGAAUGCAAUACUGUCAGUGCUGGUUGAUAAAUGUGUGGACGCGUCGUAUGUGAGGACAUUAGCUAAUUGCUACUAUCGAUGCACUACUGGGAUACAGCUUUUCCACCGCCCUCUCACCAUACCAAUUGGAAAGGAGGUACGACAAGGCGAUACUAUAUCGCCGAAGCUGUUCACGGCUGCAUUGCAAUGGAUAACGUGA